AUGGUGGUGGUGGUGAUGAUGGUGAGGGUGAUGCUGAUGGUGGUGUUGAUGGUGAUAGUGGUGAUGAUACUGAGGCUGCUGAUGCUAAUGGUGGUGUUGAUGAUGAUGGUCAUGAUGGUGAUGAGCUCGCAGGAGGAGGAGGUCAUCGACGGCUUCGCCAUCGCCAGCUUCAGCACGCUGGAGGCCUUGGAGAAGGACAUGGCCCUGAAGCCACAUGAGCGGAAGGAGAAAUGGGAACGUCGCCUUGUCAAGAAACCCCGUGAGUCAGAAAACUGCCCAUCUGCAGAGCCGAGUGAGAACGGGCGGCCCUUGGAGGCAGGCAGCCCCGAGCAGGACCUGGAGCCUGCUUGUGACCGAGGAAAGAAGAAAGUCCCGCUGCAGCCCACAAAGCAGAUGAAGGUCGCAGUGUCCAGAGGGGGCGACAGUGACGAUGACAGCUUCCAUGAAGCCCCCAGCUCCCGGAGGAGCAGCUCUCGGGACCAGCUCAGUGACAGCUCGGCGCAGGCGGUCUCAGGCAGAGGCUACUCCUGCGACAGCGAGAGCGAGGACGGGGACGACAAGGCAUCUGUGGGCUCCGAGAAGCUCUUUGCCCCAGCAGCCAGUAAAGGCCCCACACCGGGCGAGAAGUCCGCGGCCAAGGCCGGCGUGGCACCCAAGGUCUCGGGCCUGGAGCGCAGCCGCGAGCUGAGCACCGAGCCCCCCUUCCCGCCCCCCGCGCGCAGCCCCCGGGCCAGCCCGCCGGUCAAGAAGGAGGCCCCCGGCCCGCCCUGCCUCACCCCGCCGUUGCCGCCCGCGCCCUCGCAGCCCCGGGCCCCGCUCCCGACGCACGUGCCUCUGCCCCUGGGCGCCUUCCCGGGCCCCUGCCCCGGCGCGCCUGCGCACAACGGCCUGCACACCCUCAGCAGGAGCAGCAGCGGCAGCAGCGGCGCCAGCCUCGGGCUCGCCAAGCACGCGUCUCUGUCGCCUCACGGGCCAGGCCCCCACCUCUCUACCUCACACUUGGCGCUCCGCUCGCAGGCCCAGCACCAGCACCACGCGGCCAUGUUCGCCGCCCCCCCGACACUGCCCCCGCCCCCGGCACUGCCGGCCAACAGCCUGGUCAUCCCAGGACACCCUGCCGAUGCCAGCCUGUUGAUCUCAUUCAGCCAGCCAAUCAUGUAUUGCCAGCCUCAUUCGGGGAUUCUGAUUGAUCGCGAGCUGCUCAGGCAAGAGCUGAACGCGCGCUUUCUGGUCCAGAGCGCCGAGCGGCCCUGCGCGCCCCUGGGCCCGGGGGCUCUGCUGCGGGCGGAAUUCCACCAGCACCAACACACACACCAGCACACACACCAGCACCAACACACAUUCGCCCCCUUCCCCGCGGGGCUGUCCCCGACGCCGCUCCUGCCGCCCGCCGCACCCCCGCCGUUUGACAAGUAUGCACCCAAGCUGGAUAGCCCCUACUUCCGACAUUCCAACUUUUUCCCGUCCUUCCCUCCUGCCAUCCCAGGACUGCCCACCCUGCUCCCACACCCAGGCCCCUUUGGGUCCCUGCAGGGUGCUUUUCAACCCAAGACUUCAAACCCAAUCGAGAUAACAGGCCGGGCCAGUGCUGUUCACACCCUCCUCCAGAAAGCCCCUGGGGUGUCCGACCCGUACCGGACAGCGGUCAGGAAGCCGGGGAAGUGGUGUGCCGUCCAUGUGCAGAUCGCCUGGCAGAUCUACCACCAUCAGCAGAAGAUGAAGAUGCAGCUGGACCCCCACAAGCUGGAGGUGGCCGCCAAGCUGGACUUGUUCAGCAGACCCCCUGCCCCGGGUGUGUUUGCCGGGUUCCACUACCCGCAGGACCUGGCCCGGCCCCUCCUCUCCGCCUCGGGUGCUGCCCAUCCCACCACCAACCCAUUUGGACCCUCAGCCCAUCCUGGCAGCUUCCUGCCCACUGGUCACCUGACAGACCCUUUCAGCAGAUCAGGCACCUUUGGGGGCCUCGGGAGCCUGGGCAGCAACGCCUUCGGAGGCCUGGGCAGCCAUGCACUGACUCCUGGCGGCAGCCUCUUUGCCCCCAAGGAGGGCUCCACGCUGCAUGGCCUGCCCAGCCCCCAUGAGGCCUGGAACCGGCUGCACCGUGCACCGCCCUCCUUCCCUACACCACCACCGCCAUGGCCCAAGACCGCAGAGGCCGAGCGGGUCUCAGCUCUGACCAACCACGACCGAGAGCCAGACAAGUGCCGGGAGGAGCGAGAGCGGGACCUCUUGGAGAAGACGCGCCUGCUGAGCCGGGCGUCGCCUGCAGCCCCCGUGGGCCACCCGGUCAGCAGUCUCCUGCUCCGCGGCCAGGGCGAGCCGAGCCGGCCAGGGGUCCCCGCGGAGCGCGAGGCCGAGCCCCGCGUCAAGGACAGCCGCUCUCCGGCCAAGGAGGAUGGCGCCAAGCUGGUCGCGCGGCCGCCGUCGCCCUACAUCAAGGCGUCCCUGGGCGACGUGAAGGUCAAGGAGGAGCGCAGGGAGGACGGUGAUGCGCCCGAGCCCCCGGCGGGCAGCCUGCACCCCGCGCCCGAGCGCCCGCGCGCGCCCCCUGCGCCCCUGCAGCUCGGCCCGGGCCCCGCGGGCCGCGAGCGCCUGGGCUUCGCGUGGGAGCCGCUGCGCGACGCCUACCGCGGCCUGGAGCUGCCGCGCCGCGCUGGGCCCACCGGCGCCCCACCCCCGGGCCCCGCCACCCUCCUCGAGCCCCCCGAGCGCCCCUACCGCGACCGCGAGCCGCACGACUACAGCCCCGAGCGCCUGACUACGCCGCUCGGGGGCCACGGGCCCGGCGAGGCGCGCGACUACUCGCCGUCCCGCAACCCGCCGCAGGUGGAGGCGCGGUAG